AUGGUGGUUGAGCCUAUCCGUCAAAAUGGUCAGGCUCAGUGCUUGACAACAGCCCUCAAAAACAUAUGUCGAGAUUAUCCAGCCGGGGGUACUGUACUUCGGGAACUGUUGCAAAACGCUGAUGAUGCAGGUGCCACGGAAGUGCGAUUUAUUCUGGACGAAUCAACCUAUUCUGUUGGGGAUCCCAAAAAGGAACUCCUCGAUCCGAACCUUGAACAAUACCAAGGCCCAGCUCUCCUAGCAUACAACAACGCCAUCUUUACCGAUACUGACUUUGAAAAUCUUCAAAAUAUCGGUGACUCCUUGAAACUCCAUGAUGGCUCAACGACUGGCAAAUUCGGACGAGGUUUUAAUUCUGUGUACAAUUGGACAGACUCGCCCUCGAUCGUGUCACGGAACCAAUUACUCAUCCUUGAUCCACAUUAUGCAUGGUCUCUUGGUGGCCCUGUUUAUGACUUUGUAAAGAGCUUUGACGACAUAGCAAUCCAAAAUCAUAUGUGUGCUUUUCGAACUGUUAUGGAGCACCUCGAUCAGAAGUUGGACGGGACCAUUAUCCGGAUUCCACUCCGCACCCAGACACAGGCAGUCAAAAGUAAAAUUCAAACCCGGGAAACAACAACUUCUGAAAUCCUGGACGUCCUUCGAAGUUUUGCAUCUGAUUUCGGGAAGAACGGGUUAUUGUUCAUGAGAAAUAUUGAGAAACUCGAAAUUAGAUCUGCCAGUAUGUCGAUCGAAAUUAAGCUGACAGAUGCAGAAGCACUUCGACCACACAAAUUGAAAAUCAACAAUGCAGUGAAAUACGCUCUCGAAAACCCAACAUACUCUUUCGAUCAUUCUUUCGAAAUUGGAAUUGAACAUAGAUCGGCCGGAGAAACAACAAGCACCAAAUUCGUUGUUCAUCACAGCAUACAGUGUGAUCUGAUGAAUGAAACAUUAAGAGCUUGGGCAAAAGACCAGAACUAUAUCCCCUGGGUUGCAAUACAAUCCUCAGAGAUGGUAAACGGGUCUUUCUUCACAGUCUUGCCCCUGCCAAUUGCAACAAACCAGCCUGUCCACAUCCAUGGCCUUUUCAGCAUUUCGCCGGAUCGUGCGAGAUUGUAUCGGUUAUCUGACAAUAGCGCUCAAGACCGAGACCCAGCAAACUGGAACCAGUGGUUGUUGCAGAGUGUGGUUCCAGCAGCUUGGACGAAGCUCCUCAGCUGCAUAGCGAAUCUCUACCCAGAGCAGCCAACCUUUGGAGAGUGGCCUCAAAGCCUUCGCGAUGCCCGAGACCCCUUGAGCAACGCUUUAGAGAAUGUUGUGGCAAUCAUUGAAAAGGAAUCGCUCGCUCUUUGGUUUACAGCUGUGGGCUACAAAAAAGCGAAAGCUGCCCUGCUCGGUACAGGUUUCGAGUCAAUUCGCUUGAGAAACGCUCUUCGAGAAGCACAAGCCCCGGUCGUAUAUGUUCCAGAUCGGCUUCAACCCAUAUCUCAGAAUGUUUUCAAGGACCGCAUUCUGUGCCCCCAGAGCCUUUGUACUUUCUUGAGAAGUGUCAGGGGUCACAUCAAGUCAUGGAGCGAUCAGACAAAGCACGAUAUCUUGGAAUAUCUCUUAUCCAAGCCUGGAUUCAUCGACUACGACGGUCUCGAUCUAUUCCCUUUCAAAGAUGGGACGUAUCGGUCGAUUGGAGAAUCCAUCGCAUACGUUCACCGAGACAGCUUCGAAGAGACCCUCUUCUGCCUUGAGGACUUUUGCAAUCUGGAUGUGGAAAAACUCUCAAAGCCAGCACGACAAGCACUGAAACAUGGCUGUGAAUCCUCGAAAAUCCACCCCUCUAUUCGUUUUCGUUCCGCCAGCUGCCUGAGCAAGUAUUGCCUGAGCAAUAUAUACAAGGGGGUGGCAAAAGAUCAAGACUUCGCUGUUUUGGACAAGGAGGCUGCCGAGGUUGUCACCAAAGUUUGGACGUGGAUAUCCAUGCGUGACAUUCACAUCCUCGAUCAAAAUAUUUCUUGCCUCUGGCUACUUCCGUUAAGCAAUGGCAGACAUCGGAAAGUCAAGCCGAAAGGAUUAUUCUCGCAGGUUUAUUUUGCUCCCCCCGGAGAAGUAAAUGCUCUAAUGAGGAGAUUGGAUGCCAAGAUGUCCUCUAAGUGGUUCCCAUUGCUCGAUAUAGGAGGAUCAGGACUUACUAUGAUUACGGAAAGCGACGGUACCAUGUCAACCCUGUGUGUCCAAGAUGCCGGACGCCUGGUGUUUCUUCUUCAAUGGCUGCAAUGGACAUGGGCCUUGGUUGACCACAUCACCGAUGAAGAAAGAGGCCUGAUUUCGAAGCUUGUCGCAUCGCAAUCACCUCAGGGGCUCAUCGAACCAGACCGCACAGCUGUCGUCGAAGCUUUAAGUCACCUUUCACUUUUCCAGAAAGUGUCGUGGAAAGAAGUGGGGGACAAAAUGUUUCCAGUUGUGACGUGGACCAAUCUGAAGUGCUGUAGCAAAACUAUCGGACUUCUCGACGACAGCAAUCCAGUCCCUCAGAUUGAUAAUGUUCAGUUCGUAUCAGCAACCCGAUCAAACUCUUCGAGCCAACUGCUUCAAUUCCUUGGACUCGAUUGUCUCGGACCCGCUCAAUUAAUACAGGAUCACAUAAUUCCUGUCUGGCAAAGUGGCAAAGCCCGCAAUUGGACCUCCUCCCGGAAAGAGCAGAUGGCAGAAUUCGUGCUUGGCCAUUUUUCUCUCCUGUCUCUUGACUUUCAAGCCAGGCUGCGAGAAAUUCCUAUGGUUCCCAUUUCUCGGUUGGAUGGAAAAGAUACUUCCAAGUUUGCAUUAGCCGCCGAUCUCAUUGAUCCAUCUGUCGCUGAGCUAAAGGGACUCUGUUUCGAUGACGAAGAAAUAUUUCCAAAGGCAAGUUUUCUUCGGAGAUUUAAUGCUGCCUUGAAAGGCUGUGGCCUGAAGACUACAGUGGAUGAAUCCGUCGUCGAACAUCGAAUACGCUGCUAUGCAAGCACCAACCGUUCGUUACAACUGAUACAGAUGCGGGCUCAUGAGCUGUUGAAAUCUGUCUGUUCCUGGACGACGCCAUCAGGAAGCCAUGCUGGAUCAAACCUGCAACGCCUAAAGUGGCUUCCGGUUGUUGAUCUCAGCGGCACUCUCUCACUGAAGACUUCAGUUGAGUGUCGUGGCUUUAGAGAUCGAUUGCUAGUCAGUUCGCAGCUCCCGGUUCUUGAUAUGCCGAUCUCCGUGGAGUGGGAAAGACGCUUAGGCUGGCAUAAGAUAUUACCAAGCCGUGUUUUGCGCUCGCAGCUCGAGUUUGGUGUUCAGACCAAAGAUCGAAAGGUUGUUGACGCAGUCUUCAGCUACAUCUCCCAGAACGGCCUUGUCGAUACGUUAGCCAGUGAUUUGACGAGGAUUUCUUGUGUUCUUGUCAACAGCGGGAUGUUCGUCACACCUUCGCAAGCCUUCCGUCCUCAGAGAUCUAUUGCUGGCUGCGACCGUCUCCAACCAUAUCUUGCAAACGUUGAAAACAAGUUCUGGCAAGACCACAAAGAUCUUCUUAUCAAGCUUAAAGUUGGAGAUCAGCCACAGUUAACUGAUCUACUAAAAGUCCAGGCGAUAUUAGAGACAAAACUGCCGCUUGAAGAAUCCGAUGUGGCUGUUGCAAUCGAAAUCGUCAACUUAGCCAGCAGAAUUCCGAGAGAUUCCUUGACUCAACUCAAAGUUCUUAGCGCAGCCGGACAGCUCUGUCCAAUUCAAGAUAUCAACUAUGACGAUCUUGGACCUUUAAAGCCAAAGGAAAAGGUCAACAUUACUCAUCCAGACGUCCCUCGUAGAACAAUCGAACGACUUAAGAUUGGGGGUCUACGGGAGCAAUUGCUCAAAGGGAUAUUGGAAAUUGAAGAAGUCGAUGAUGAGGACGAGUUUGACCAGCGGGAGAACGUGACGACACGUAUUGCAGACACUUUGGAUCGAUAUCCAGUUGAAACGACAUUCAGAGAAUAUCUCGCAAACGCGGAUGAUGCUGAAGGAGCGUCACGCAUCAGCUGGCUGUUGGACAAAAGAGAACACCCUGUCGGCAAGCUUCUUACGCCCGAGAUGAUGAAGUUUCAAGGGCCAGCCUUUCUGGUUCACAAUGAUGGAGGCAACGAAAGUGACUUCAAAGGCUUCAAAAAUGUGGGUGAAGGUAGCAAAGCACAUGAUAAGGCAACUAUUGGCCAAUUUGGACGAGGAUCUCAGACGAUGUAUCAUUGGACAGAUGUCCCGAUGAUCCUGUCUGGGGAAUGGUUGCUCAUCCUUGAUCCACAGCGAAAGGUUUUACCAAGAAACCAGAUCAACGGAAGAUGUAUGGCAGGUGUCAAACUAAAACUGUCGAGGUUGCGAAUUGCUUGCGGAGACCAACUUGUCCCAUUUGAAGGAUUAUGGGGCUAUACACAAAGCCUUGACAACUACCCCGGGACGAUUUUCCGCUUCCCAUUGCGCAACACUGUGAGCUCUUCUGGAUCCGCCUUGAGAAACAGCAAGACAGUUGUGGAUGAGGAUGAGGUCUGCAAGCUCAUGAAAACAUAUUUUCACGAAGCUCGCACAUCUCUACUGUUCUUGAGACGAAUCAAAUCGAUAGACUUCGGAAUUCAAAGCCAGCCAGAUUUUGAAUGGUCUAUCACUAAGCUACUGGAUGUGGACGAGGAUGUCGAUCAAUUCUCCAAGCCUGUCGUUUGUCAGAUUACCUGGAAAUCGAUUUUUGGUACUCAACUGACUGGGAAAGACAAAUGGUGGGUCGCAAUUGAGGAUCUGCUUCCGGAGGCCGACCGAUUGCCGGACAGCUCGAGGAGGGAAAUGAAAAAUGUUGAGUGCGGGAUUGCGGCGCUGAUAUCUUCAAAAUUCGACACUCUUAGUUCCCCUGCUACGGGCCCAGAGGCUAGCCGGCCAAGGAUGUUCAGCACACUCCCAUUACCAACAUCUUCGGAUCUUCCGGUUCAUAUCCAUGCCACGUUUUCGCUCUCUGGUGACCGGCAGUCCAUCGCGAUUGACGACUAUGGGACGAAAUCACAAGGAGUCGGAUGGAACAGAUAUCUUCUUCAAGAAGCUUUACCGAACCUAUACUUGUCAUUCCUCGAUGACAUUUUACCGCAGGUCCGUCAGCGUGUGUUCAGUUUCUGGCCACAGGAAGAGCCCCCCAAAAAAAGUUGCGCAGAGCUUCUUUGUGCAUCUUUCUGGCAAAAAUUGCCCGGGAGUUCACAACGCCUCUUCCCGAAGGCUCAGCCUGCCGUAGGAGCUCCUCAACGCAGACCGCCGGAAUCACUUGAUAUCAGCCGAGCAGUAUUUGACUUCUUAGACAGAGGUCAAUCCAGAACACUUGCUCCGCUCCUCAUGGCGAUGCAAGUGAACCUGGUCCGUGACAUACCAAUAAAAAUCAUGAAACAUCUGAAGGUAGUGCCUGAUGUGAAGUGUGUUACAGGACCCAUGCUACGGGCACUAUUCAAGUCAGAGAACGGCAGAACGAGCCUUCUGAAAGAGAUGGCUCAGAACCCAAACAUCUUCGAUGUGCUUUUUGAUCUACUCAUCCCGGUUGACUCUGAACUUCGCGAUUUGGACGGCUGUCACGUUCUUCCUCUCGCAGAUGGAACAUUAGCUACCUUGAGGCUCGAGAAUUCAAAUGCAGCUGAAUCACCAAAGUAUUUCGUGGUUUCCGAGGACGAAUUGAAGCUCUUCGGAUUCGCAUCAAGACGUUUAGUGAAGUCGGGCAUCGGAACGAUGCUUGAGCCUGUUCUCGACAGUGGAAAGUUCAAUCUUGCUAGAUUGAAACUCUGUGAUGUCAAGAAAUUACUGGAGAUGAAGCCAGUAGUCUCGACCCGAAGUGCAGAAGAGGAUAGAUGGCUCACGGAAUUUUGGAAAUAUUGGAACAGCAACAUUGAUUCUUCUGCGCCCUCAUCAAACAUCGACACCCUUGAGGCCAAAAUAUUCCGAGUAACGACCUUGAGAUUGAAUGGCACCCACUUAUAUACAAGCCCAAAAUUAUUCCAUACACUUCCCGCAGUGGUGGAGCCGUCGAGUGGUGAGCAUAAAAAGCUGUGCGAUAGGUUCCCCGAUCUCUGGCGUUUCAACCCGGACCUAAUGCCAAAAUCUAUGGCGGAUGAAGAGAAGUCAUUCUACUAUGAAGCCUCUUUCUAUCGACUCAUCCGCUCAUUACGAUUGCUCUCAGGUGGAAGUGGAAUUGGAAUGUUCGUGAAAACUCAUUUGGAUGCAGCUAAUCUGAAGAUACUACGAAACUUGGCUAUAGCCCACCUUUCAGCCGAAAUACUAAACCGUGAACCUGGCGGCUUCGUUGGUCUCGGUACCGAUUUGAAGUCGAUUCCUCUCUGGCCGGUUUUCCAUGCAUCAUCCCCGGAUCAAUUGGUCUCUGCAAACGACUCUUGGAUUGCUGAAGAUUCUCGCCUUCUCGUUCCAUGGAUGAAAGAUUGCAGUCGAUUUGUCCUUCCUUCAUUUUCCAGCGAUGCUCGAAACCGUGAUUGUCUGUUGAAACUGGGAGUUAAAAAACUGCCCAUUCAGAUGCUCCUCAGGGACUAUGUACUGCCAAUGCCAUCAACUCUAAGCGCUAUUCAAUGGCAGUACUUUCAACCGCUCAUUUCUGCGAUUGCCAGUAUCGCCGCUCACUCAGAUUCUUGGAAUAGCCUCUUACCGAUAUUGACUGACAGCAAAGUUGCAGCUGAUGGGAAUUGCAAGUUAACAAAGACAUGCGAGAUGUACGACCACGAGGAUCCAAUAUUCAUAUCAGCUUUCAGACACCAAAAAGAAACUCGAUUCCUCCAUAAGAGCGUGGAAGGAUAUCGAUUAUUUUGGCUGAGAUUGGGUCUUCGUCACCGAGCGAACAAUUCCCUCAGUGCUGGAGACUAUAUUCAAUGCCUCAAGGUCCUGAAAGCCCGUCUCAACGCAGGAGAUGCACAAAAUGAUCCACAUCUUGAGCAAGAUUCCCGGACGGUUCUAUCUCUACUGACGUCUCCCCUUUCCAAUAUUCAGAGUUUUGGGGGUCACUGGGAUGCCAUUGCAAGGGAGAGAGUGUUUCGAUCCAGGACAGACUUCAGCACCGAACCUCAGUAUAGGCGAGAUACCAUGGCUACGUUGGCUACUGAUGAGGAGUUUCUACAUCUUUCUGACGUCAUUUUAUAUGAGCAUGUGGCUAUUUGUUGGACUCAAACUCCAUUUGUCGUUCACCAACCGACACGAGAAGUGCUUGGUAAACUUACCAGCCACGGCCAGGCUGGUCGCCCGGAUAUCGAUAUGGUUUGGCAGCACCUGCAAACCAUGAAGAUCUUUUCCGAAGAUCUGAAGCGAGACCAAAUUCAUGACUUCCUCACAGAUCUGGAUCUCACCUACGAAUACCUCCAAGAUCAUCUAGACAGCAGGGACUGGUAUAAUGUAGGAAAUGAGGCCAUCUGGCUGAAUUUAGGCACAUCGGAUCGCGGAACUGUGCAAUUGGAGGAUAUCGCGUCGUCCUGGCAAGGGAUUGAGAACCUGGUUCUAUCCAGUUCAAUCGACUCUGGGAAAAUGAAAGCAGUCAGACCUCGACUGAUGCGUUUCGAGAAGUUGUUGAGAGGCAUGGGCUGCCGCUCCAUUACCUACCCAACCGUCACACGACCCACUCUCCACCUUGGUUGUUCAGUGUCCAAAUCACUACGACAACUGAGAAAAGACAAGAAGUUGUUGGAUAUCACCUUUUCGACUGAAGGCAGACUUAUUAAAGCCCACAAGGUGGUGCUAGGCGCAGCGUCGGAAAAAUGUGCCCAGCAAUUCGACAGUCGAUGGAGACAGGAAGAUAUCAUAACAUACGACGAGAACACUGACCCUGACGACUACAUGUCCUAUCACACGCUAUCAACCAUGAUCGACCACGCCUACGAGGAGGAAAUCGAUUGGAAAGAGAUGGAGGUGUUAGAUGACGACGAUGAGGAUGAGAGGGCCACGAAGCUCGACCUACUUCUUGAUCUUCACAAGGGAGCCGACUGCUGGAUAAUCCCUGCACUGAUGUCUCAAGUCGAAGAUAAGAUUUUGGUUGCUGGGAGGGCAUUCGUGAACAUGAGUAAUGUUGUGGAAAUUCGUGAGAGGGCGGAGAUGGUGGGUGCUAAGGUGUUUGAGCGGUGGUGUGCGGAGAUGAUCGAGGAUAAUCAGGAUAUUGUAGACAAAGCCCAAGACGAAAACUAG